UGCUUAACAUAAAGUGUCAGAGUAAUUCACCUGCUCGGGCAGCAUCUGUGGGUGGAAUGGAUAGUUGAUAUUUUGGGUCAAGACCUUUCUUCAGACUCUUUGCUGUUCAGUGCUGAUUCAUGAAAGCCUGUCAAAGCAAGAAAGGAUUGAAAUGCACCAUUAAAGACAUAUCAUUCAUAUGCAUCGCAGCUUGUUAUUGCAACUGCUCUGCCCAAGACUGCAAGAAAUUGCGGAGAGCAGUGGAUACAAUCUAAUACGCAAACCAGCAUUGCACCUGCACUUGAGGGGAACCAAUACUCUGGUGGGCAGGUAUGCCAUUGCUAUGUAGGAAGUUUUAGGAAGGUUUUUACUGUAUUUUCGUACGUGGUAUUAAUAAACCAAUACCAGUAAUCAGUUCUAAUAUGUCGUUAUGACCCAGUAUUGAAUGGUAUUUGAUAAUGGUCCUGCAAAGUCCAUUGGCAAGAUUUUCAAGGUUAAAACUGAUAUAUUGAUAACAGUGUUUAACUGUAGUUAAUCAUUAUGUUUGUCAUUUGUUGAAUUUUAAAAGUGAAGGAGUUGCUUGCAAGCUGGUGCAUUUAUAUUCUCAAAAUCAUUUCCGGUGGAGCAUUGAGUUUACAUAUUAACACCCAGGAAGAACACUACAUGCAAGAUUAACAACUGUGUUCUUAUAUAUAGUGGGCAUUUGAUGGUUGCAUCCUUGGAUUAAGAUUAAUUAUAAAAAAAAUAGUUGAUUGGAUUAUUUGGAAGUCGCUUAAAUCUUUUCCUUCAGAGAUUCAUCUUGUCAAGUCCACACACAAGAUUUGUUCAGCCAGAGCUGAACACAAUUUCUCAGCAUCUGCAUACAAUAAUGUCUGUCUUGCGCUUCUUGUGCAUGGUGGUAGAAAGAUUGGUGGAAAGAUUGGUGGCCGCGACGUGAACACUCUUUCCUAGACCUCUCAUUUGGUGAUGAUUGAGUUAAAAGCAGUGUGGUCAUCGAGUGGUGUCUGCUCUCAGGUUCAUUUGAAAUUACUUCCUGUUUCUGUUGAAAUGAAAUAAAAAUGCUUUGAUGAAGUAUUUUUUGCUUUCAAAACUAACCGACUAUAAUUGAAUCAAGCGAUACUGUGCCUUUAGAGAAGCAACUUUGUUGUGCUGAUCCAAACUUAACACAAGAAAGAUGUAUCUGUCCGUCUGUGUCGUGUUUAUUCUGAUUGGAACUACACUUGGAAAGAAGAAUGACCUCAAUCCUGGAAUACAAACCAAAAUCACACAAAAAGGUUUAGAAUAUGGUAAACAAGUUGCCCUCAGUUUUGCUGAGCAGAAGAUUCAGGAGUUUCCCUUGCCAGAAAUAAGUGGGACAAUAUCCACGUUUGGCUUAAAAUACCACAUCACUGGAAUGAGGGUUAGACGUUUUGGCUUGCCUGUCUCCGAUGUCGGAUUAAUCCCCAACACUGGUUUCAAGUCUUCAGUGGAAAAAGCCUAUAUUGGCAUUAGUGGAAACUGGCAUACGAUAUUUGGACUGAUACACGAUGGAGGAACCUUUGAUCUGAAUAUUAAUGAUCUUUCAGCAGCAUUUAUUGUUGGUGUUUCACUGGACAGUUCUCGACCGAUGAUAACCUACAACAACUGUGUUGCGACAUUAGGAGAUCUUGACCUCAAAAUGUAUGGAGGGGGCAGUUGGUUUUACAAGAUGUUCCUUGGUAAAGUGAAAGAUCUGAUUCGACAAAUUAUUCCCAAGCAGCUAUGUUCUGAAUUUAGAAAUAGAGUUGGAAAGCUUGAAGAUGUCAUCCAGACUCUGAGAGUUUCAUGGCAAUUGGACAAAUAUGUAGAAUUUGAUUAUUCUUUGGUUGGAGAACCAGAGAUCACAACUGAUUUCAUUGAUUUCCCCAUAAAGGGAGAAUUAUAUGAUGUUCAACAUCACACGGAGGCUCCGUUUACUGCGCAAUUGUUUAAUCUCUCAAACAUCACAAAUCAAAUGUUAGUCGUUGGACUGUCUGAAUACUCUGUUAACACUGGAGGCUUUGCAUACUUUGUUGCUGGAGCAUUGCAAUUCAAUAUCACAAAUGACAUGAUUCCAAAAGAUAUACCAUUUCAGUUGAACACAUCCAGUUUGAAUUUUCUGUUACCUGAGGUUGCAAAGGAGUACCCCAACUUACUGAUGAAAGUUGUGAUGAGUGCUACAAAACAACCAAUUGUGAAGCUUGUUCCAGGAAAAUUCUCUUCUGAUGUAUUUACUGCAGCCGAAGUAUUUGUAAUCUUGCCGAACAAUUCCUUAGCAGAGCUAUUCCUUUUGGGUAUUACAGCCAGUGUGAGUGGGCAGGUGUACACUUCAUAUGGAAAACUACAUGGAUCAGUAUCUCUCAGCAGUGUGGACUUGGUAUUGGAAGAGUCUAAAGUGGGAACCAUUCCAGUAAACCAAAUGGAAACAGUUUUGAAAUUGGGGCUACAGAAGAUUGUGAUUCCGAAAAUAAAUGCAAAACUGAAGAAGGGACUCCCAAUACCAAAAAUAGACAAGAUAGCAUUGAUUAAUCCAAUCAUUGAAAUUGACCAGGGUUCAAUACUCUUCGCAACUGAUAUACAGUAUGGAAAUUGAAAGCUAAUUUACCGCCAUAUUACAUACCAAACUGCUAAAAUUGACUAAAUUAAUCCAGUUACCCAGAUAACACUUACUUAUUUCUUAAUCCUUCCUUUAAAUGGCAAUAUAAACCAACAUAAUUUAACUGUAAAACAAAGCCUAAAGAUGUGUUGUCCGACAAAUGCUUAGAAGUUAAUCGUACCAACUUUCUACGUCAGUACAUGUGAAAAUGAACGGAUGCGGCAAGUUGCUGGUGUACGAGAUUCAAUCUCAGAGUUAAAGACUGAAGAAUAAUGGUGUAGUGACAAAUGGGUUAGUUAGGGAAAUAUUUCUCUGUUCAUAUAUGCAUGUGCUUUUGCUUCAUGUCAGUGUAAAAUCUAGCCUGCUUCUGAAUAUUAUUAUAACCAUCUACCUUGACAUUCAAUGGCAUUAUCAUCAUCAUGUUUGCCACUGUCAACAUCAUUUGGAUCAUUCACAUUAGUAUCUUGCCUGCAAGUGCAGGUCAUCCUCUAGCGAACACCUCCUGGCAUCCCAAAGCCUGUUUGUCAGGAGUGAGACUAGCUACUCUUCACUUGCCUAGACGUCCAGGACAACAGAGCCUAUUGAAUGGGAAUUCCAUCUGCCAUCUGUACAUGAUGACUGCAGUACCCACCUUUUAACAAAAUAACAACAAAUAUAUUGCAGUUACUCACCUCAACUACUUUAUUAGCAUUUCCCAAAUCCAUGAUGUACAAAGACAGCAGAUACUUGCAAGAUCUCCUCCAAAUCACACACUAUCCUGAUUUAGAAAUAUGUUGCCAGUCCUUCAUCAUCACUGGGUCUAGAUUUUGGAUCUCCUUGUAGCACAUUUGGCAAAUCUACACCAAAAGGACAAACACAGUUUAAGGCAGCAGCGCAGAAUUACCUUCUGAAGGGAAUUUAGGAAUGGUGAAGAAAUGCCAGUGACUCUCGGAUCUGAAAAUAAAUGAAUAAAUAAAGUGGCAAAGUGAUGCAGCAAGCAGAAUUGCAGCAUCAAAUGACUUGCACGAGUCCUGAUCUCUGGUGCUGUCUGUUUGGAGAGCAUAUGUUCUCCCUGUUUCCAUGUGGAUUUCCUCCAGAUGUUAGUUUCCUCCCAAUUCCCAGAGACAGGAAUGGGACAGCAUGGUGGCACAGUGGCAGAUUUGCUGCCUUACAAUGGCAGAGACCCAGGUUCAUUCCUGAUGACGGGUGCUGUCUGUGCGGAGUUUGUGCAUUCUCCCUGUGACCUGUAUGUGUUGUCUCUGGGUGCUCCGAUUUUCUCCCACACUACAAAAACAUACAGGUUUGUAGGUAGACAAAAGUGCUGGAGAAACUCAGCGGGUGAGGCAGCAUCUAUGGAGCGAAGGAAAUAGGCAACGUUUCGGGCCAAAACCCUUCUUCAGACUGAUGUGUGUGGGAGGGGGGGGGGGAGGAAGAGGAGAAGCCAGAGGGCUGAGGGAGAGCUGAGAAGGGGAGGAGACAGCAAGGGCUACCGGAAAUUGGAGAAGUCAAUGUUUAAACCGCUGGGGUGCAGACUACCCAAUCGGAAUAUGAGGUGCUGCUCCUCCAAUUUCCAGCGGUGCUCACUCAGGCCAUGGAGGAGGCCCAGGACAUAAUAGUUGGAUUUGGAAUGGGAGGGGGAGUUGAAGUGCUGAGCCACAGGGAGAUCAGGUUGGUUAAUGCAGACUGAGCUGAGGUGUUCGGCGAAACGAUCGCCAAGCCUACGCUUGGUCUCACCAAUGUAGAUCAGCUGACAUCUAGAGCAGCGGAUGCAAUAGAUGAGGUUGGAGGAGGUGCAGGUGAACCUCUGUCGCACCUGGAAUGACUGCUUGGGUCCUUGAAUGGAGUCGAAGGGGAAGGUAAAGCGACAAGUGUAGCAUCUCCUGCAAUUGCAAGGGAAAGUGCCC